AAACACCAAUACCGGAUCGCGGAAUUGGUGUUGGCGAUAUAGGGGGACUCUUCCAAUAACUGGUUUCUUCCUGGAAGCAAUUGAAAUCUCCCAAAAUUUUCCUUGGACUUCACUCAAAGAUGCCGCUGCACCAGCUAGCGGACCCCUGGCAAAAAGUGCCAGUAAAACAAUUAGCAGAGGGGAAAAGUCAUGAAGAAAUGUUGGAUGACAGCAAUAGCCAUGGGCCUGAGGAUCAGGAGAUGAGGGAGAUAGAACUCACGAGCAUGGCCGCUGAAGGCUUGGAGAAAGCUGAUCCAAGCUGCUUUGAAUUACUCAAGGUAUUAGGUCAAGGAUCAUUCGGAAAGGUGUUCUUGGUGAGAAAAACAACAGGUCAAGAUAAAGGAACAAAAUAUGCCAUGAAGGUCUUGAAGAAGGCUACACUUAAAGUACGUGAUCGUGUGCGAACGAAGAUGGAGAGAAACAUCUUGGUUGAUGUCAACCAUCCCUUUAUAGUUCAGCUCCACUAUGCAUUCCAGACUGAGGGUAAAUUGUAUCUCAUUCUUGAUUUCUUGAAAGGAGGAGACUUAUUCACAAGGCUUUCAAAAGAAGUGAUGUUUACAGAGGAAGACGUGAAGUUCUAUUUGGCCGAGUUAGCAUUAGCUCUAGACCACCUACACUCGCUGGGUAUCAUCUACAGAGAUCUCAAACCAGAAAACAUUCUCCUUGAUGAUUCUGGUCACAUCAAGCUGACAGACUUUGGUCUCAGCAAGGAAUCAGUUGAUGGCAAGACCUACUCAUUCUGUGGUACCGUGGAAUACAUGGCACCGGAAGUAGUUAAUAGGAGGGGUCACACGACGGCAGCUGACUGGUGGUCUUUUGGUGUUCUAAUGUAUGAAAUGUUGACAGGAGCCCUACCAUUUCAAGGACAACAUAGAAAAGAAACAAUGGCACUUAUUCUCAAAGCCAAGCUUGGGAUGCCUCAGUUCCUUAGCCCAGAAGCUCAGAGUCUUCUCCGGAUGUUGUUCAAGAGGAACCCUCAGAACAGACUUGGAGCUGGUCCUAACGGUGUCAACGAUAUCAAGAAACACGACUUCUUCUCAAACAUUGACUGGGAGAAACUGAAAAGGCGAGAUCAGAUGCCGCCGUUCAGACCUGUGAUACCUACCAGUGAUAUAGUACAUUAUUUUGAUACAGAGUUCACAUCGCGUACACCUCGAGACUCACCCGCAGUACCUCCCAGUGCCGGAGCGCAUCAGUUGUUCCGAGGAUUCAGCUACAUUGAUCCAACUUUAUUAGAAGAGGCACAGAAGGAAGCCGCUUCUAAUAACUCCCAUGCACAGUCACCCAAAGAACAGAUCGCAAUCAAGCAUGCUCGUAUUUCCUCUAUCCUCGAUGAGUAUGACUUACAAGAGGAUAUUGGUCUAGGUUCCUACUCUGUGUGUAAGAGGUGUACGCACAAAGCCACUGGACAGGACUAUGCAGUAAAGAUCAUUGAAAAGAAUGCCAAGGACAUCAGGGAGGAGAUUGAAAUCUUACUUAGAUACGGUCACCAUAGCAACAUUAUUACAUUGAGAGAUGUAUUCGAUGAUGGUAAAAAUGUGUACAUGGUAAUGGAGUUAAUGCGAGGUGGAGAACUCUUAGACAGGUUGCUCAAGCAGAAGUUUCUAUCAGAGCGGGAAGCAUGUGAGAUCAUGUUAACGGUCACAAAGACGGUUGAUUUCCUUCAUCAACAAAGGGUUGUACAUCGUGAUUUAAAGCCUAGUAAUAUCUUAUAUGCUGACGAGAACUACUCACCCAGCUCAUUGAGGAUAGCUGACUUUGGCUUUGCUAAACAAAUGAGAGCUGACAAUGGUAUGCUGAUGACACCGUGUUACACAGCCAACUUUGUAGCUCCGGAGGUGCUGAAGAAGCAAGGUUACGAUGCAGCGUGCGAUAUCUGGAGUUUAGGUGUAAUACUCUAUACUAUGUUAGCAGGGUUCACACCAUUUGUACAUAAGCCUGAUGACUCAAGUAAGGUAAUACUAGCCAGGAUACAGGAAGGUAAAUACCUCACUAUGGAUGGUGGAAACUGGGACAACAUCUCAGAUAGAGCUAAGGACCUGAUCUCAAGGAUGCUUCAUGUGGAUCCAUUCCAGAGACCUAGCACCAAACAAGUAUUACAACAUACAUGGUUUCAGAGGAUUGAUCUACUCUCAGAACUCAAACUCAAACCACCAGAAUCAACUUUAGUCAAGUCUGCAGUGAAGGCUACUUUCAAAGCUCUCAACCAAGCACAAGCGGAACAGGGCCCCUUAGAACCGGUAACGGCUUCCGGUCUCGCUCAGAGAAGAAAACUUAAAAAACUCAGCUCAACUACCAUCUAAAUUCUACUUCCUACUAGUUGAUUGGGGCAGCUUAUUGUCACCAGUAUGUCAUAUUCCCAGAUAAUCCAACAUCACGGUGGUAUGUCAUAAAAUUGAUUGUAAAGUUACAGACGACUCUACGCACAACUGGAACAUGUUCUUAGCUGCGGAGUCAGCUACAUAGGGAUGUAUCAUUUACCAGAAAAAGGGUCACCAGGCGUGCAUAAAGGUCAUUUGUAAUUUACAAACAGCUUUAUGACAUGGUCCCCAGUAUGGCUAAAACAAAUGAUGCAAUUCUGGUCGAUGUGAUUCUUGGGUAAUUCAACAUUAUAUAUAAAAUCAUCAAUGUAUUUCCAGGUCAUCUGACAUCACUUUGGCCAAAACCAUCCUUGUACUCUUUGUUAUUCCCAGAAUAUCUAACACCAGUGUGGCUUUAACCAGUGGCGGACCGUGACCCGGAGGAGACAAAGCAUUGGAGGGGCACUGUAUUGUUUGUGAACAAUGCUGUGCCCCUCCAAUGCUUUGUCUCCUCCUGGUCUUGGUCCGCCACUGGCUGUAACCAUCAACAAGCAACUUAUUAUUCUAAUUUCUACAUUAUAUAUCUAACACUGAUAUGGUUAAAACUCUUUGUAAGACGGGGCCCUGGUCGGGAUGUGAAAUCCAAAUGAAUGUAGUAGGCCUGCGCCUAAUGUUAAAUUCUGGAAACUCAUGCUGGACUGCUUGCUGGGGAGUGGAGUAGGUGCAUACGUUGUGUGAUAUUCAGACGGCUUUAUAAAUAAGAGAAAUCAGGGAAAUAUUUCAGUGAAUGAUGUAGUAACUAAUUAUGAGUGAGUAAAUCAAAGACAAAUGUGGUAAAUAUGUACCUCAUGAACUGGUUUUCAGUGAUCUCUGCAUCAUGCUACCUUAUUAUCUCGUGCAAACACUCAUAUAACGGAGCUGCAAAAUGUAAAACAGAUGAAACAGUGGAAUGAAAUUUGAGCCAAAUUAGGCCUAGUCAUUUUAUAUUUCCACAGUCUUAGUGUUAUUAAAAGUCUUAAUAUUCAAUCUGGGAAUAACAAUAUGAUUUUCACCAUUGUCAUUUUGUGAUCCAUGCCCUUUUCACUUCCCUAUUUUUGCCAUGAGCUUCUUAUUUCAAACAACCCCAUAUGUAAUUCUCCAUUCUGCUAUUAAAAAAAUAUAAAUGUAAAAUAAAAAUUCAUGGUAUAUUUUUCAAAAUUAAUAUACCUGUUAAUUAAUGUUUAAUAAUGCCAAAUUGAAUUCUUUCUAAUCAUCUGAAAUACUAAGCCGAUUACAUUUUAUACAGACAUUUCUAUUAAAGAGUAAUAUCCCAGUUUUCAUUUUUUUCCCCUUUGUUUUACAACGAGGCUCCACAUCAGUGCAUUACUUUGUAGGAAUGUCCAUGGAAUGAAAUUUAAGACGCAAGUUUCAAUAGUCUGUAACCAAAUACAACGUGUGUCCUUCCGCAAAAAAGAAGUUGAAGGAGAAGAAAGUGUCAUCAUGGCGUGAGAGUCAGUAACCCUCGUAAGAUGGAAAAAGCUGCUGAAAAAUGGUGAUAUUUCUUCAAACAUUUUACAAAUAGCUUAUAAAAGGAACACAUUCAACCCUGGAGCAGUCACUGACUAGCUAUUGAGAUUUUACAAUUACAUUUUAAACAAAAGGUGUUUACUGAGGAGUGGUCUUUAUAACGUAACUUUAUGAAGAACUUUGUGAAAUAAUCACCUACUCUCCAAGAAAACUUCUUUCAAGUCAUUAAAGCAUUAAUAUUAUUUAGCAGAUGGGGUCUCAAAAGUGUAUGUACUUGCUUGCUUCAGUGAGAAAACUUAUACAAGGGGUAAAAAUGAAGUCUUAAAUACCAGAUUACAGGUUCUUAAAGACAGGUGAUAUCUACAUGUAUAUCAGAUUUAGCAUCCGUAUCUGGGUUAUGCCAGUACAUCUAUGAUCAAACAGAAUAUGAUAUUGUAUAAGAAAUUAAUGCUUCUAAAUCAUGUAAAAAGUGUACAUUGAUGUUUGAUAUUUUCCAUUUUAUAUUCAAUCAUGAACUAGCUAGUUGAUUUUUUUAUGGAUAAGAAACAUAUAACCGAAUGCUUUUUCUCUCGUAGUGUUGGGUUUGUAGUCCUAUGAGUAGGCCUUUAUUGGGGGAUGCUCAUUGUAAAGUAUGUAUGAAACACUGCUUGAUAUUCAAACUGCCUUACUUUAGACUAUCGUUGAGAACAUACAGCAAAUUUGAUGGAUUAAAAUAGAGUUUGGGUAUUGUAACUUCCACGCAGCUUAUUUACACAGUAAUUUUUAUGCUGUUAUUUCUUUUACUAAUAAAAUACAAUACCAUCUUUCUCGAUUAAAAAGUAUUGUGUAUUAGUCACAUAGUGAAGCUGAAGGUCAUUUGAAGGUUAUUUGAAGGCCAUUCAGGUGGAUUAGAAAACUGCAAAUUUGAUUAAAAA